AACCCCGCCGCCACCAUGGCGACCGGCGAGCAGAUGGGGGCUCCGCUUCUGUGGCCUGUGGAGGCCCGGUUGGCGGCGCUGCUUCCCGACCUGCUGGUCUUCAGGAAGCCUCGGGGAUCGGAGCCCGAACUCGCCACGGCCCAGGGCGUUCUCCUUGGCGUCCACGUGACGGGGUUUACAGCAUUAAUGGACAGGUUCAGCCUGACCUGCAAGUCGGAACAUGACAUGGACAAACUGGCCCACAUCUUCAGUUACUACAUUAGUGACAUCGUGGAGCAUGUGCUCUGUUUUGGAGGGGAUAUCCUAAAUAUCACAGGGAAUGUGCUCCUGGCACUCUGGACAGUGGAACAGAAUCAACUCAGUGAUAUCAUUACUCUGGUGGCAAAAUGCAGUCUGGAGAUACAGGAGAAAUUUGGGAUCUACCAUACCAGAGAAGGCCAGGAUCUGCAGCUAAAGAUAGGUCUGUCUGCAGGUCAGAUUUCCCAAGUUGUUGUUGGAGACGAGCAGCGACAAUACCUCUUGGUGAUUGGACAAGAUGUAGACGAUGUCCAGUUAGCUCAGCGUUUGGCUCAAGCAAAUGAGAUUGUCUUGUCCUGGAACUGCUGGAAGCUCUGUGAGCAGUACAUGUUUGAAGUGGAAAUCAUGAGGGAGGAUGAAGCUGUGAAGUUAAGAGAUAUACGGACCAUUGACCCAUUUGAUUUUGAGGAGCAUUUUGACAAGUGCCUCGAUUAUCUGCCACAUUACCGGACAAGUGCUGACACUCUAAGAACUGCCCUGGAGCUGGAUCCAGACUCUGCACUUGAGAAAACCCUGCGGAAGCACAUAAUGAAAAACCUUUUGAAAAAGAUUGAUGAAGGCCAACCUAUGGAGUAUAUAUCCGAACUCCGUACCGUGACUAUGAUUUUGGUCAACCUAGAGUUCCACAAGACGGCGUGGAUGCUGCAUUUCUGUCAUCUUAUCCAGGAGGCUGCUUUAUACAUCUCCACAGUCAUAGAGACAGGGGGUGGCCAGCUGAUCCGUAUCUUUGUGUUUGAGAAAGGCUGCAUGUUCUUCUGUGGUUUUGGCCUUCCUGGGGAUAAGAAGCCAGAUGAGUGUGCUCAUGCCCUGGAGAGUGCCUUCAGCAUCUUCCGCUUCUGCUGGGAAAAUCUUGCUGAGAUCAAGCUUGUUUCCGUCGGUAUCACCAAUGGACCCGUAUUCUGUGGCAUGGUCGGGGCCGUAGCAAGACAUGAAUAUACAGUUAUUGGCCCGAAAGUAAGUCUUGUGGCCAGAAUGAUAACGGCUUAUCCAGGUUUGGUGUCCUGUGAUGAGGUAAUAUAUCAAAGAUCCACGCUACCUGCUUACAACUUCAAGAAACUGCCAGAGAAGAUGAUGAAAAACAUCUCCAACCCAGGGAAGAUGUAUGAAUAUCUUGGUCAUAGAAGAUGUGUAAUGUUUGGGAAGAGAGAUUUGGCCAGAGAGAGAAAUAAAAAUCACCCUUUGUUAGACCGGGAGAAAGAACUGGAAGACUUCCGAAUGGCACAGCAGGGGUGUUUGCACCAGAAGAAGGGACAAGCAGUUCUGUACGAAGGUGGAAAAGGCUAUGGAAAAAGUCAGCUGUUGGCUGAAAUAAACUUCCUGGCCCAGAAGGACGGGCACAGGGUGUUGCCAUUGAAGCUGAAGGAAGCAGAUUCCACGCAGUGUUUCUAUGCCAUUCAGACCCUCAUGGCCAUCUUCUUUGAGCUUGACACAUGCCCAGCCUGUGACCGGCAAGAGUGCCUGCAAAAACAGCUCCAUGGAAUGGUGGAGGAGCCGCUUCACUGCCUCUUUAACGACCUCUUCUUUGUAAAGUUUCCUUUGUCCUUCAAAGUUUCACACAUGGAUGACCUGGCCAGACAAAGGAAGAUUAAGGAGUGUUUUUUCCAAGUACUACAAGAGGCAGUGAGGGAAACGCCGUUGAUUUUCCUCCUUGACGAGGCCCAGCAUCUGGAUGCAGCUUCCUGGGAGUUUUUGGGAACCUUGCUCUCCCGUGUGCCCAUCCUCAUGGUGCUGACGCUGACGCCUCCCUUCACCUUGUGCGGCUGGGCCCAGCACUUCCUGCAGAGUCCUCAGGCUCUCCUGGUGCCCAUUGCCAAGUUAGCAGUGAAUUCACUGUUGAGAAUGGCAUGUUGGGAACUGAGGGUGGUCAGCAUCCCCCGAGAGCUGCAGAUGUGA